GUCACCGCGUUGUUCCCUCCGCCGGCUCUCUCUCAUUCACAGCUCCGAAAUGCAGCAGCUCGUCGUGUCCGCUCUGCUGGCAUCCCUGUGGACCCUGAGCACAGGAGCAGGAGAUUGGUGCUAUCAGUCCCAGUUCAGCUGUGAUCAUCAAUGCAAUGCUCCAGAAAAGUGGGACCAUGCAAACAGCAACUGUGGAGGAAGAAAACAGUCCCCCAUCAACAUCGUCACCAGAAAGACUCUGAAAGACGAACGACUGACUCCAUUUAAGUUUGAGAACUACCAGGAGAUCUUCAGAGGAACCAUCAAGAACAAUGGACACUCAGUUCAGGUUGGAGUUCCCCACAUGAGCACCAUCUCAAGUGGAGGUCUGCCCACCACCUACAAGGCGGUGCAGUUCCACCUCCACUGGGGCAACAAUGGAGGACCCGGCUCUGAGCACACCAUUGAUGGAGAGCAAUAUCCAAUGGAGCUGCAUAUUGUUCACAUGAAGCACCACUACACUGACCUGACCACAGCACUGGCAGACCCAGAGGGAGUCGCAGUCCUCGGGUUUUUCUAUGAGGGGUCAAACAGUGCAAACAAAAAGUACGACCCCAUCAUCAACGCUCUGAAAAGCAUUAAAAGCACAGAUGGCAACACAUCUCUACUUCCCAUCUCUCUGGCACAAAUAAUCCCACCAGAGCAGAAUCUGACCUCCUUUUAUCGCUACCAGGGCUCUCUGACCACCCCGGGUUGCACCGAAGCCGUCAUCUGGACUUUGUUUGAGAAUCCCAUCCCUCUGAGCACUGAACAGCUGCGGGCGUUCUCCGAGCUCAAGUUCCGCGAUGGAAAGCCGAUGGUCGGGACCUUCAGGCCGGUGCAGCCGCUCAACGGCAGGCAGGUGUUCCGGUCGGGCAGUGCUGUGAUCCUUGCCAGCUCCACCCUCCUCAUGAUUGCCAUCACCACUGCCUUGGGCAUGUCCGUACCAAACUAGAGCGAGACUUCCCAUGCUGCACUGCAACAUCCAUGAACACAAUAAGCUCUGUAUCAUUUCUAAACUGAACUCUCCACCGCAUGGUUACUAAGAUGAUGGACCACAUCAUAGUGCAGAAAUCACUCACCUGAUGUUCCUCCCUUACAACAUAAAUGACAAAGGCAUUCUGGGAAUGCUUUACGAAAGGUGCCGUAAGGGUUUGAUCAGCAUUAGUGCAUGCAUAGUGAAGCAGUAGGUCUUAUUUCAGCGUUAUGAAUGUGCCGUAAAGAAGGUUACCAAGCACUAAAAGUUCAAACUGAAUCCAAACUCAACACCAGACCCCUGAGUCAUGCCCAAACUUUUCACAGCAUCAUCCUACAAACACACCCUCGUACCCUUUAGACGUCAUCCGCCUUUGCCAAUGUCAGGUAAAUUUAGUCUCUGCUAAUGUCUCCAAUGGUUUGUGCUCUGAGUGCCGAUGUUAGCCCCAUGACCCGGCACGUGAUGCGUGGCUCUCUCAGUGGGGCAUGUGAACAGCACGGAGCUAUUUAUAGCCGCACUGAGUCACAAAAACGAGCUCCAUUUCAAAGCUAGCGGUCAAAAGAGUCAGCAGUUUGGCUUUUCUCUCCUGGUCCGGGAAGCACAGAGUGCAACCAUCAGGUGAGUCCAGCCACUCAGUCAGCAGUUGGUGGGACAUGGGGGAGGGGUUUUACAUUUCUCAUGGGGAACAACUGCUGCUGAUCUGAGAAGAGACCCGGAGUCUAUCUACUCGUACAAUCAAAGGACACUGAAACCUGAGAGCAGGAUGAAACAGCAGAGACGCUAAUGCUAAUAAUGACAAAGCAUUUGGCAGAUGUCAGAUGAAGCACACAGACUGUAUAAAAGGAGUGGAUGAAGCUAUUGGGACGUCAGUCAUUAGUCUGAGAAUUUUAGCAUUAAGGUUGGCAUUUUGGCCACCAAACACAAUGGUUAUGAGACCAGAAGUUUGCAUGAUAUGAGGACAGUGAGGCUAUACCUUUAACAUCUCAAAUCUGGUUGGCAGGUUGCUUUGAUCACUACUAUUCAAUUUUUGUGUUUUUCACUCUUAGAUCCUGUGUCCACCAGUGCUUUUCUUCUUUUUGCUUUUACAGUUCCCACAACCAGUGUCUGAGCUUCUCACCAAUUGCAAAGGUUUUCUUGUAGCACUUCUGCUUCCCUUGUAGUGCCUGUUAAGUCAGUUUAAAUUGUGCCAUAUAAGGGUUAGAAUUCAACAUUUCAGUCUACCUGCCACUGAGACAAACAUUUUUCACAAGCAGCAUCAUUCAAAAAGGUAUAAUAUGAUAAUCAAAGCUUAUAGCUAUCAAGUUUGAGGCUAUUUGAUAAGAGAGAGUUGGUGCAUAAAUGAUCCAGACUACCACUCAUUUUUAACCUUGUUUUUUAACCAAUUUGUCCUGUAUUCAACCAGGUAAACAUCUGCUGUGCUUCCUACGGGAACUGUUUAUUCACAGGAAAUUUCCCUGCAGUAUGAGUGUCAGACUCACUAGAAUUUGCAAUUUGAGCACGGUUUCUGCAGUCUCACACCAAAAUUCAGGCUUUGUUCAAUUACCUUGUACUUGUGACAAGCAAGACAUUGGUUCAAACACAUCUUUAGCAGAUUUACUAGCUACAAUGGAGAACUAUUUUCCUAUGAUACUGAGUCAAACCACCCCAGCACACAGCCCCCUGUGAACAUUUGACAGCAGCCCUGACACAGGGAGGAGGCCAUUUUUUUUGUCAGUGAGCGUCUAGGCCCCCCUUGAUUUGCUCAUAAAGUCAGUAGAAAUAAGCAGAAAAAAAUGAUUUAAUUUAUGCCAUUUACUGUAUCAAAAUCACUCUGUUAGGUUAGGCUACUUUUAUUUACAGCCCGAGUGGCCAGUAAGUUGAGCAAAUUCACCUGAGAUUGAUCAAAGGUAUCUGCAUUUGGCUGGUGGUUGGUGCUAAUUUCCCACACUGCUCCAUAUAGAUUUUCUAUAAAUGCACAGUAUUUAAAUUGGCCACGAGGAGGCCAAUGUAAUGCAUCUUAGUAUAAAACAGAUACAGCAACAGAGUGGCAGCUUCUCAGGCCUGGCCCAUUAUAUAGCAGUUAUUUAGGCAACAUUAGGUUUUUCAGCAGCAACAAUAAACAUGACAUGACUGUCAUGGUAGCCAAGUUACGACCAGUUCCAACUAUAAAAAUUAACAGUUAUUUUGGAUCUGCAAUUUUUUUGGUAAGUUUGCCUUUAUUGUAGUAAUAGGACAGUUAAGAAAGGUGAAAAAGAGAGAACAAGGAAUGGCAUGCUGAAGAGGAGCAACAGGCUGGAUUUGAGCUGCCCGGAUACCAGCAUCUGUACAUGGGGCAGGUCGAUAUAACCAUUAAUGUAGACAUUUCAGUGCAAAAAAUAAACAUAUACCUUUAAUUCAUGAAAAUUCCAACAAAAGGAAAUGUAGAUUAGUCAUAUCUAAGUGUUAGUAACAGCAGCUCCUGACCUGGAAGCUGUCCCCUCUAAAUGACAGGAUUAGUUUCUCUUCCAUCAUUGUUAGUGAUCAGUCUGACAUUAAAAGUGCUGCCCCUUUAUGGUUUAUAUUGGUCAGCAAGGGAGAAGUGGCAUGGUGAUGUUCCAAAAGUUGAACUGGUUUCAUCUGAGAGGCUGUUUAGACUUUGCAUUAAUAUCCAUGCUGGAUGAUUUGAUUAUACCUUGACAGGACUUACGUACAGUGUUUACACUUUCCAUUACAAUGCAUCUCUACUGAGUACCUGAGAUCAGAACUCACUUGCCUGCCUCACAUGCACCCUUACAUCAUUCUCAGCCCAGAAGGGUGGUCUUUAAUGCUGCCCAGGACACAUGAGCGUUUACACUACCAAACCGAUGUGGAUAAAUGUAUGUCAGUCCACGUCUGUUUGCAGUCAGGAUCUCAAUGGAUCCUCAAGAUGCACACUUAUCACGAAGGCUAGUCACUUACUAACAGAUCACCCAGGAUGGAUGUAAAUGCAUGAUGUAAACAGCCUCUGAGAGCUCUGACAGUCUAGCAGAAAAAAGACUAGUGCAAAGACUAGCGUUGGUGGACAAGGAUUCCUAAACUUUUCUAAACAUUACUUUGAUUUCAGCACAAUCUCACCAAAUGACCAUAUUUUUUAUAUCUAACCAAUUAUAUGCAUAUGUUCUUGUAAAAAUUGAUAAUUGAUAAAUAAACAGUUUAAAAUCAUUUUUUAAAAAGGAUUUUUUUAACUGGAAGGCAUCUUGCAACCAUCUCUUUCAGUGUCUUGCGACCCCAAAGGGGGCCCUGAUCCCCAUGUUGAGAACCACUGCUUUAUGGGACCAAGAGUUAAAGCCUUUACAACAUACAGUUUUGAGCAAGACUUGAAUCUUUAAUUAAAGAUCAUAAAACCAUUAGGAAAAUGUUAACUGAGGUUACAUAUCAAUGAUAGGUUUUCUCAUCUGUUUCCACAUAGUCCACAUACUCUUUGGCUCCGCCCCCUUCUGGCUUUUGAAAGAAUGCAGGUUUUUGGGACUUUUGCAAUAGCUUCACUCUCAAACUAAGGCUACAUCCAUUUCUAUCAUACAGUCUACACAGGAGUAUCACUUUUCUCUUCAAAAUUGUGUCGUUAUUUCCAUCCAUGUCACACAUUCAGCAUGAAUACGCAUGUUUUGAUGUUAAUAAUGAGCUACAUGUACAUGAAUGCAGGGUUAAGCUACACAUGCAUUGCCAAAUCCAUUCACAACUCCGCCACUCCAUUCUUCCACUUCUGACUUAUGAAGUUCACUGAGCUUCUCUCUGAGAACAUGUUGCCAUGUUCAUGGCUUGUAAAACAGAGUCUCGGAUGCACUGAAUGUUAUCGACUGUGAAUUACACCCCACUGAGUCCUCACUCAUUUAUUCAGGAGGGCUCGUUAUGUAUUCUGGCAAGAGAUCUGUGCAAUUUUCAGCUAGAUGUACUGUGAUGACCGAGCAAGGAAUCUGUAUAUAAAUUCCAUUGUUUCAUAAUGCAUCAAGUUAUAUUUCUAUACGUGUCAUUGUACACAUGUAUUUAUGUACCGAAUGUGUAUAUUGAUAUGAGACGCACAGUUACUGUUAUUUAUGUACUGCAAAGUUUAUAUAGUACUGAAUGCAGACCCAUAUACAGAAAAUGAAGCAUCAAGUUGUCCAUGACAAAUCGACUCUACUUAUGAUGUUUAAGUGUAUGAGAUUGUCAGGUUGUAAUGCUUGAAAGUGUCAUAAAUAAUAUGGAGAAUGUGUUCCAACUGAACUAAAAGAAUA